GCCGGGGGGCUCCUGGGGGCGUGCGCCCCCCGCCGGCUGCCCUCGUGGAUGCCUCCCGGCGGCGGCGGGCCCAUGAAAGACUGCGAGUACAGUCAGAUCAGCACCCACAGCUCCUCCCCCAUGGAGUCGCCCCACAAGAAGAAGAAGAUCGCGGCGCGGAGGAAAUGGGAGGUUUUCCCGGGAAGAAACAAGUUCUUCUGCAACGGCAGGAUCAUGAUGGCCCGGCAGACGGGCGUCUUCUACCUGACUCUCAUCCUCAUCCUGGUCACCAGCGGACUCUUCUUCGCCUUCGAGGUGGGACUCUUGCAGAGAUGUCUGGGGACCGCCCUUGUCCAGACCUGAGCAGGAGCACAGAGGAAGCGUCCAAGAAACAGCGACUGAUUUCAUUGCCAUUUUCAGAGCUACCGUCUUUGAACCGUGAAGACAGUAAAGAAAGCUACGAGAAGUAACCUGAUGCAACUGCGCUCAUUUUCAAGUAGGACCAGGCUGUGCGUUUGGGGGCAUCCUGUGUUCCGAUAGGCAUUGCUCGAGAAUGACAGCAUUUUGUCAUCGUAUUCAAGAGGGGAGGGAGGAAGCUGGUCGCAGUGCUGUCGAGACUUGUCACUGUUUCUUGCAGUUACUGAGGGAGCUGGUUCAUCUAAGACUCACAGCAACAGCCUCAUUCUUGUAUCCCCGUCUGCAGAAUUGCAAUUUGAAAAGAUCAUUGAGUGUUAUCCAUUUCUCUGUCUCUUCUCUGACAUCCACAUACAUACACA